AUGUCAUUAAAAGAUACAGAUCCAAGAAGUUAUAUAAAAGCAAUACUUGACCAGGUGACGGUAACAUUCGCGUCGAGCUCCAAGUGCCAGUGCGAGGCGGGGCUGGAGGAGUGGGCUCCGCUCGCCCGCGCGGACGCGCAGCAGCCGGGCCGUCCGCGCCGCGCCUACGAGCGCGGACACUCGCCACCGCGGUCCGAUAGCUCAGGAUAUGGCACAGGUGGUUCGUGUCGAUCGGGUCGUCGGUCGCCGCAGACGUCUCCUGCGCCUGAGGCAGCAUUACGCCGCCGCUCGCACGACGACGCCGCGUCUCCGCGACAUGCGAGGCACAAGCGUGCCUCGGCCAACACAUCUUCGCUUACUGAGGAUCUCAUCCGAAUGAUGGACGCGGAGCUAGGCGAAGGGAGGUCUUCAGCGAGUGGGACGGGGGGCGGAGGCCCGGCGAGUGGGGCGGGGGGCGCGGCGCCGCUGCCGCUGCCCGACGCCGCCGCACUGGACUGGGCGGCGCUAGUGCAUACUGCCACCCGAGCUAUGCUACAGAUAUGUGAAGAGCAUCAAUACCCAUCGAUGGACAACACCGAUCCCUCAUUAGAAACUUUAGCGAACGAAACCGCCAACGAUUCCUGGAAUGACGUCUCUGUCGUAUCUGAAACAGUCCCCGCUACAUUAACAACAAGCGUUUCUACAACGUCGCCUACUGGGGCUAACGUGGCCAACAGUACAGCGAAUACGGCGAGCGCGGCCAACUGCGCGUGCGGCCUCGCGUCGCGCGUCGCCGCGCUCGAGACCGACGCCGCCGCCUCGCAGCGACACAGGCAUCAGCUGGAGGAAGAGGUGCGUCGGCUGAGGCGACACAACGCACGUUUGCGCGAGGAGUCGGCGCGGGCGGUGUGGCAGCUGCGACACUUCACGCAGUGGCUCAAGCGGACCGUCGACCGACAGUGACCCACCACCCUACAUCAAAACAUCACUCGUUAAAGGCCUUUCCCAAUACUCUAUCUGUUUUUCUUUUGCUUACUGAAUAUAGGAUUUGACAUAACUUUUAUUGGAGUUAAUGUUAAAAUAAUAUCUGUAGUAAGCUAUACAACAGAUAGGUAUUGGGAAUGGCCGUAAAUUCAGCUCUAUUCAACUUAGUGUGGAUUUCUAUAACAUCCGUUGUUUUGCAGUUAUAGAUUGAAAUAGGAUCUCUAAUCGCAGUUCGUUGUAUAGAUAGGUAAUAGAAAUCUACAAUUAGCCAUUCGAAAAUAGCGAUUUUGUAGGAGAAAUCAUUCGUUCAGAUAAAGGAUGUACCUGUAUGCAAAAUCAUACUCUUUCAAAAGUGAGUAUAAUGUGGAUGGAGCUAAAUAAGUGAUCUUAGUCCCUAGCCUAACAUGAACAUGUUACAAUUUGACACGAGCAAUAGUUUAAACAGCUCAUAAACCUAUUAGGUAAGAAACAUGUGAUGAAAGUAUUAAAAUGAUUAUAUUUAAUUGGAUUUAAAGCGAAAUUAUGAUAUCUGAGAUUUGUAGAAGUAAUGGAAAAAUCUAUUGAUAUAACUCAAAGAUUCUGCAAAUAAAAAGAAACCUGCAACUGAUUUGAACUCUUAUUUACUAGACUCUAGACAAUGUUGUUUGUUGAACAUUUUGAAUAUAAAAAAAUAUAUUCUUUUGUUCCUAUCUUCAAUUGUAUCAAAAGUUUAUAAGAACUUGUACUGCGUCAAUUAUACACACCGCGAUAACAAUCAAUAUUUUGAAAUGGACUUUCCAGUUACGAUAAUUACAAUUAUGUACUAGAACUAUACAAUUUGUCAAUUGCAGGUUUAUCUUAUCAUCUGGCUCAUAAAUUGUACUGGAUUUAAAGUGUUAUCAUAACCUUAUCAAGUAUCCAAAUCUAUUUAAACCGAAUCAAUAAAUUAUUAUGACCUAUAUGAAAAUCACAUCUUUAGCUUUGGAUUUAUGGUAGUGUUGUAGACUAACGAUUGUUAAAGAAAUUGAAAAAAAAAAAAAAACAAAGUUCAAUUAUAAAAUAAUUCUUAUGAAAUAUGCCUAUUUAAGUAAAUAGUAUAACAAUGACAAUGUUAUAACAUGCGCUGUCUUAUGAAUUUCGUGCCUUUUCUGUGCUUCUUGUGAAGCGUUUGUUUUGGCGUAAUUUUUACGUAUAUGUUGGUACUAGUAUAUAUUCGUAGAUUAAUUUGUUAUUACCUAUAUAUUAUGCUAUUAAUGGUUGACGUUAUUGUCUCAAUAAAAUUGACGUAUUUAGAUACGAUUGUUAUAAGUCUCGUUUUAGUAUAACUAUCUGAAUAAAUCAGACGGUUAUCAGAACGUGUUAAGGGUAAUAUAUAUUAUUUAUUAUGUGUUUAUCGAAUACUAUAUUGAUACUACGUAGGCUUUAAUUUAUUUAUCAAUUACAGUUAUCUAGAUUACUGUUUCGAGAUUACGGUUAGUUAUUAUGAGAACCGAAGUUGUAAGUGAACACCAAUUAGGAUAAGACUAUGUGAUCAAUCAAAUAAAUAGUGCGCCUAAUACGUAUAAGUCGAGGCGAUGUUUGCCCUUUGGUAAUUACGCCAAGGAUUAAAGUAUAUCGAGCCACUAUCACAUUGGAUUAUGAUUGAUCUUGUGACGUAAGUUUAUAUAAUUGUUUAGCAUGUAAUCUUAAUUGUAAACAGACUUGAAACCUGCCAAAUAUUAAUACAAUAAGAGAAAAAUGCGUUAGCACAAAUAGUACUCGUUUAAAAAAUAAUUAAACAUAAUGCAUAGAUUGUUUACUCAAGUUGAACAUAGUUCAUAGUAAAUACAUGACAUGAAAUUGUUAUAACUCUGUUUGUGGUAAUUUAUUUAACUUUUUUGCAGCUAUAUACUCAAGCGCAUAUGUAAUCCCGACGUUAAUUAACACACAGACAUGCAAAUGGGUAAAAUCAGAUAGUUUUAAAUAAUGUUUGUCUUCGUUGUACUUUGUUUGUGUAAAUAUGAGUCUCAUUAAUUAGAUGUAAUCACCAACAAAGCUUUAUUAGUUUAGAUAAUCGUAGGCGUUAAUUUUAUUAAGAACGGGAGAGACUUAAUAGAAUAUUUUGAGCCUUUAUUCCCUUAUUAUUUUGGUAAAUUACGUAUUGUAUCUCUCGAUAGAAUGGUUUGGCCGCUACUGAUAUACAGUGUUAAUCACCAGUGGAGUUACCUUCUACCAUGUGUAUGCUACUUUUACUUAUUAAUUCAGAAAUAGCAUACUGCCUUAUCCAUGUGUGUACUAGAAUUAUAACAAAGGAUACAUAAAAGAAAUGUAGGUGCACUUGUAUUAGUCUUCCGCGUAUUAUCGAUCACAAUAAUACUUGUUAUAGUUACAAUCUGAAUUUAUAUUGUAUAACAAACAAAUUGUUGUCAUUUAUUAACAAUCUGCAUCGUUUACAUGAAAAUAUUAAGCAUAACUCAUAUUUUAACUUCAAUACCAUUCUAAACGCUUGUCAAAAUCUUACGUUAUGGACAGAGAGGUGUUACUGAUAAACAAAAAUCGUUGAUUUUUAUUCCUGGUAUGAGCAUAUAAUACAUCGAGUCUAUAUUAAUCCUCUCUCUACUGCGUAGCUAAUCGGCUAAUUAGCACUAACUCACAGUUUUAAGUCGGCCAUACUGAUUUUGGUAUUAUUCAUGAAACACUUACUAAUAAUAUAAAAGUUCGCUUAACAUUAUUUUCUAUAAGUUACUACUUUCUAUCUUAGGUACUUACUGGAUUAAUACUGCUUUACAAAGUUUGUAAACUUGUCAAAUACUCUUCGUCAAUUAUUCGUAUUCCUGGCUGUAUUUUAGUCUGUGGUUCAACGUAGUUACAUAUUUGAGUUUUGAUACUACUUUUUUGUACGUACGUAGCCCGUAACGUAUUAUAAUAUUAACGUUUUAUAUAAGACAGACGAUAAAGCUAUAACUAGUAACUGGUAUCAGGGAAAGCAAAGUUUACUGUUGUAUCAACUUUCAGAUUGCAAUUAACUAAAAGAUUUUUUUACUCAUUGUGCUGCUAUGAUACCAUUUACUAAAGCUAUACAAUAUGUACCUAUGUAGGUAGACAGUGUUCGAAGUAUGGAUUUUAUAUAAGUUUUUCCCACCACUCAUGUUUAAGGUAUAACUAAGUUAUUAUUUCUUUAGUCCUCUCAUAGAGAAUUGAACAGAUUUGUGACAAAAUGAUGCUGUUAAAGAAUUCUACCUUAUAAAAUUACAAUAUUUCUUAAGUAAUUCAUGAAUAUUUUUUCGACACUUUGUUAAAUUUCAAUUUUACAAAUUCUAAGCAAUUCUCUAUGUGAUGAUGCUAAAUAAUUAUUUGAAUAAGUAUGUAACCAAAGCGAUUACAUUUAACCUCCAUUUUUUUGAAAUUUGGAUUGUUUCCUCGUAACAGCUUAAAGGUUCAAUUGUUUAGAGAUAUAAUUUCCCUUACAUAAUUUGUACGUAUUCUAAAGGACAUUCCAAUAAAACCUAUAUACCA